AUGGCAGAACCCCUAUCUACCGUCGCGAGUGGUAUAGCUGUACUGAGCAUCGCUGUCCAGCUGGCCGAAAGCGUCAAAACGCUCUGCGAUUUCUGGACCUCCAUCAAAGAAGCCCCGGAAGAUAUCCAGGCGAUUUCCACCGACUUGGACCUCCUGUCGAGCGUUCUCACCCGCAUCGCCUACGAGACGCAACACGUUGAGCCCGACGCAACCUUGGUGGCCACCCUGAAUGGUUGCUGGAUCAAGGUCAAAAUACUCACUACACUCCUCAAUGAGAUAGAACCGGGCUUUGCUUCAACGAGAUCAAGGGUCCGCAAAUGGACUGCUUUUAGGGCCGUCUUGAAACAUGGACAGUUGAUGAAAUUUCAGGCAGCCUUGGAGAGGCUGAAAGGCACAUUGUUGCUGGUGCAACAAUAUCAGUACAGUCGCUUGAGUCGAAACCGUCAUAUCUCCCUAGAACGGAGCUUGAUGAACAUUACUCAAAGUGUUUCCAGCUUGAGUAUACAGCAGCAAUCAGAAACAGCCGGAAGACUCCCAAGCGCGGUCUCGGACGUUCAUGCCAAUUCUGCUGGAUUUUGUGCUGAAGAAUGGGAUGCCGCAAAGUCUUUUGCGGCAGAUUCACAACCUACUCAAAACGACCCUUCUAUUUCGGGUGAAUUUUGGCGAAGACAGGCAUUGGUCAAACGCACUUUGAGAAUGGAGAACUCCAUCAUGGAAUACUUCCUAGGCACCGUCCGAGCAGAGUCAAAUGUGACACUACAGAUACCAAGAGAAAGGCAUGGUCUGACGCCUUACGAACGAGAUCAAUGCGAGCAUGAGACCUCAUAUACCAUCUAUCCGGCUACAUGGUUGGUUCGUAUGGGAGUUCAUUAUGGCCUCCGUCUCAAGUUUCUCUCCUCCUCUACUCAGGGGUGGCAAACCACGCUGAAGGCCUUUUGCCCGGUACCUGACGACGCUGUGAUCUUUGAAUUCUGCAGACAGGGGAAUUUACCUGCGGUCAGGAGUUUGUUGUCAGCAGGUCAUGCUUCAGUCAGAGACACUGAUUCUCGAGGAUACACACCUCUUCAUUUUGCUGCACAGAACUACCACCCAGAGCUUUGCAAAGUCCUUAAGAGUGCUGGAGCAGACGGAAGUACGCUCACGCACAAUGCAGAGACCCCAAUGGUACUCGCAGUAGACAAAUCACGCGAUACCACCUACGCCACGCUAUCAGAAAUUUUUGACACUCUUCGCCUUUUCACCGAUUCGAUGGACUUUUUGGACGAAUAUGGCGAUGGCUGGAAAGUCUUAGAAAAUCUUUGUGAAUAUGCCACGGAAAAACUUGGAGAGCGUGACGCCAAAGAGUCUCUUCUGCUUUGGAUGCUAAGGCAGUCGAGCUUUGAACUGAAGACAUACUUCAUUAGAAGCCGAUUCGCAUAUAUGUUAAACUGGACUCUAUGUUUUUCUGAGCUAGAAGAAGCGUCUGACUUGCUUCUGAACCUGGGUGAUGCAGAAACUAUCAAUGCAGGCAUUCAGUUUAGAGAUGGAUAUACCAUACUUCACGACUUUGUAGCACAUGCUUACUCGUAUCCAGUGAGCACAGUGCUUGCAAAAGGCCCAGAUCUCCAUCGGCGGGGCUUCAACUACCGUUACACGCCGCAGGAAGAGUCGCCAACAUCUCUUGCAAUGUACUCGUCGUGGGCAUUUACGGAAUGGCUGCGUGGAUUAGUCACUAUUCAGGUGAAUCUUGAGGAAUUCAUAGAUCAAGAAUUAGAGAGGAACCCUUUGGUGCACACUGGCUGGGAGAAGGAGACUCUACAUGACUUGUUCGCAUAUCAUCAUCGACGUGACCUCGACGUUGAAGGCUAUCCUUGCAGCGAUUGCACCAAACGUAUUUUCGGAGUCUCAGUACAGCCUCAUUGGCGACAUAUGCUUGAAAGGAUCAAGCAAAGAAUAGACCCUGAUGAUCCGGGCCAGACUGACUCACAAGAGGGUGAAAAGGAAAACACAGACGUCAGGAAAAUCGCAGAAACCGCAAGUAGCUCGGAUGAUCCGACUCAUGAGCCUGAUACGACUGGGAACGUCUUGCUUGUUGAUUCCAAUGAGCUUUUCUCGGAAUCGGACUCGAAAUCGGAAUCGGAACUGGAAGAAGAUGUCCACGGGUACCCAGCGAUGGUACCAAUUCGAUCGGACUGCGUGUAUGCCCCCAACGAAGUGAUAUGCGUUGACUGUUGGCUUCACUAUAGGAGGACUGGGACUCGCAGGCCGCCACUCCCCUGGAAACGGCGUUUCGCGAUAGACACUGACGAUGAUGCCUCGUCGGACGAGUACUCGUCUUCUGGAGAUGAGUCAUCAGAGGAUGAAUUCUCUCCUUACCACAUCCACUCAUAG